CAGAGCAACAGAUCAGGAACUGUAAGAAGGUCUUGACUCUCCUGCGUCAGUCUGUGGAGGAAAGUCUGCUGACUCUCAUGGAAGAGAUUGAGAAACAGCAGAAAAGCAGUGAGGAAGAGGCCAAUGCGCUGAUCCAAGAGCUGGAACAAGAGUUGUCGAUACUGUUUAGAAGCACCAAGAUGGAGACGCUUCCCUUCAGAGACCAGUCGACGUGGACGGAUGUCAGAGUGUCUCAGCCCUCAUAUGGACGCGUCAUGCUCACCACAGUCAAUCUGCUAAAGGGAAAACUCACUCAACAGAUGGAGACGCUCCUCGAUAAGGCCAAACUGAGCCGGGCGCAGCAGUUUGCGGUGGACGUGACGCUCGACCCCAACACGGCACAUCCGAACCUCACCCUGUCCCACGACGGGAAACAGGUCUACAGCAGCAGUGUGAAACAAAACCUCCCCGACAACCCCGAGAGGUUUGACUCAGCCGUCAAUGCUCUGGGGAAGCACAGUUUCUCCUCCGGAAGGUUUUACUAUGAGGUGCAGGUGGAAGGGAAGACCUCCUGGGAUUUAGGCGUUGCCCGGGAGUCCGUCAACAGGAAGGGAUCCAUCAACGCAAGCCCAGAGAACGGAUUCUGGACCAUCGGCUUGAGGACGGGGGGAAUAUAUAAAGCCUCCACCGUUCAUCUCAGUGUGAAGAGUCCACUGAAGAAAGUGGGAGUGUUGCUAGAUUACGAGAAAGGAUUGGUUUCCUUUUUUGAUGUGGACUGUGCCGAGAUCAUUCAUUCCUUCAAAGACUGUUCCUUUAAGGAGAAACUCUACCCAUUUUUCAGUCCUGGAACUCAUCGGGACGGCCAAAACUCCCGUCCUCUCAUCAUCUGCCCUGUCAGUCAUGAUUAGAUCUGAUCAAGUACAGAACAUCCGCUUCAAUAGGUAGAAACACUCAGGACGUCAUGAGAUCAUGAGCAACAUGUUGUGUUGCAGCAGGAUUACUACUGCAACACCACAACUUCAGCAGGGUAAAACUAAGCUGCCGCACAACGUCGAAGCCCAGCUCACGCUCCUUAUUAGUGGGUGAGCCAUCUAACGCUU